GGCAGGGGUUUGUGGUUUAAAAAGUCAAUGAGAGAAGUGAAAUCUAAAGGCACAAUGUAGAUUCGAGGCAAUGUCUUAAGUAGUUGAACAUGUUAUUACUCCAACCUCGUGAAAGUGACAAACGGACACGUUUUCAUUUUCGUCAAAAAACAACUGCAUUUGAUUUUGACGGCCUGCAAUAUGCGCAUUUCGGCGCGAGACGACCGUUAGAGCCGAUGGCGUUUUCUAGCAUGAGUUUAGCUAGCAACGUCGCCAUGACAUCGCCUACAAGUGUGAUCGGGGAUUUCUAUUGGAGAAGCAGUUUUAGGCUUUCUUCAUACUGUACUGGUUUUGACCGCAGUGUGUUGUGACUGGACAGAGAAUAUGACACCUGUUGGCCAGGCAGACACAGACAGUUGGCAGCAAGUAGGCCUUAAUAGCAAAGGUCGAACUUGCAAAAUGGCUAGACAUGACAAACUGUACACAUGGAUGCGGUAUUUGAUGUUGCUGCUUUGUGUGAUACUUGUUAUAAGUGGCUUUGUGCUGCUGGGACUUGGCGCAUGGAUUAGAUAUGGAGCAGCUACGUUUGUGGAUGUCCUGGGCCCCUACUCGUCUCAGCUCAUCUACAUCAGCUACAUCUGUAUUGGUAUGGGCUCAGUGCUGUCUUUCACGGGUCUCAUCGGCUGCUGUGGGGCUUGGAAAGAGAACCGCUUCUUUAUAAUGCUGUUUUUCUUCAUCGUGACAAUGCUAUUUGUUGCUGAAAUCAUUGGGACUAUUUUUGUCUUGACGUACCGGAAUCUGGUUAGCUUAGUGGUACGUGAUGCAAGCAAGAAUUCCCUGAUGACUGUCUAUAUGGGCCCAGCGGCAACAGACCCAAUCUCAACAGCAUGGAACACAGUCAUGGUCAAGUUCAAAUGCUGUGGUUUUGAGAACUCGACUGUAGAUUUCAAGGGCUCUGUGUUCAGUACAACCACGGGUUUGAACUACCCUAAGAUUUGCUGCGUGAACAAGACCCUUGCAGACUGUGACGGUAUCACCAUCACUCCAAGUCUGAUCCAACCACAGAGCUGCUUUGGUAAGGUCAUCACAGUGAUCAGAGAGCAGAGUGUCAUCCUGGGAUCAGCAGCUGGCUGCAUAUGUAUGAUGGAGUUAUCCUCCAUGAUCCUUGCCAUGGUUUUGUUUGUGAAGUUGGGGCUCAUGAGGCAUCCAUGGUGAAGCCAAAGGGUCCAUUCACACCUGGAGGACACCAACAACCCCCACAGGCAACAAUAAAG